AUGGCUGGCUCUGGCCAGGUGGGGUUCCCCUGCCGUAGGAACAGCCGUCUGGACUCGUUCUUGAAGCGGCACCUGCGGCAGGAGGUGUACGACGCCAUCCGCGCCUACGAGCUCUGCAUCGUGGUCUCUGACACCGAGCACAGGACUUUCAAGUACGUGGUGCUCAGCGACAGGGUCAUCUACCUGACCGAGAACCCGCCCAGGUCCAUCCGAGGGGUCGUGGCCCUCAAGGACGUCCAGGCCAUUGAUCUGAUUGAUGACUAUCCAGACUUUUUGAAUGGACCAGAUAGAGAAAUUAACCAACACAUCCGCAUAGUCUAUUCUUUAUCCACUUUGAAAAAUUCCCGUGGAAAUGUAAAAGGGGCUAGGAAAUUAUCAUUUCCCUUUCCUCGCUUAAAAGUAAACAAAAAAGUCAAGGAAAAGAAUGGUGGCCCCUCCUUUCAAUCGCCAGCUGAACACAGUAACAAAUAUGGAAGUUUAAAUGAUUCACUUCUCAGGUACCAUCAAGAGAACUGUUCAGCAAUGCCCAGUGCCUCCACUCUGGGUCAUCUCUCUGAGCGUAAGAAGCUUCCCGAUGGGGACCAGAAUGCCUUUCGACCCUUGCCCAUCCCCUCACAGAGAAGCUGCUUAUCUACUGUAUCCAAUGGCAUCUCUGGCAAUAGCCUCUCAUCGGUGACUAACGGAACAGAAAGUAUCCUGUCCUCCACAGCAAACACAAAAGAAUUCCAAACACCAUCAGAUCAGAAGAACUCUCAGAGUGAAAUCCAAUUCAAAUUCAAUGGUGAUGGAAAUGACUUCUACUCCAGUAGCGCUCUUUUGCCUAGCAACCCAAACCUGGAGAAAAAGGAGUCUGAGAUUCACCUGUAUAUUAUUUCUACUACUUCACCCAUGUUCCUGCACUUAAAAAGCUCAUGGAAUAAUUACAUCAUACAAGCCACUCUCUUGCAAGAUCCACUGUAUGCCAGCAAGUUCACUUCUACAACUGGAUGUCAGAAGCCAUAUAGGUCUGAAGACAUGAUUAAACUAUUCAGACAGCUGAAAUCUGAACUCUUUCUUAAAGACAACACAUUACGACAGAUAGCCUGCUUAUCUGCAGAACUUAAAGUAGCAGCCCAGAGAAACUUCAUUUUCAGAAAGCUUUUCUGGAAAACCAGUGACCUGUACCAUUUCCUAGUAAGCAAGCUUCAUGAGUACUUGCCCAAACCUCAGGAUCCCAAUGCACUUCAAAAUAAAAGCCAAAGGGCUGAUCAACUUGAGGCUUGCAUUCAGAUUAUCCAGACUCUGGGACUGAUGUUCAGAGAAACGGAGACAGAGUUAUCACGCCUGAACACUUUAGUUGCUAAACGGGGAACAUUAAUUACUCUUUUGAUAAUUUUAAUUAGUGAACCUGAAAUUCCCAAAUCUUAUCCUGUGUUUGGUAUCCAGUUUGUGGCUGAUUCAUCUUUAGUAGAGAUGUCCUUUGAUGCUGAGUUACAGAGGCUUCUGCUGGAAUACACAAAUACAGCCACUGCCCUCCUCUAUGAAAUACUGCUUGUUUCUCUACAGGGAGACCUAGGAUUGGGAUCUAGGAAGUUUGCUAUCAGUUGGAUAAUGUCCCUUCUACAAAGUUUCCCACCCACAAUCUCAUUUGUGGCCACCAUUGUGAAGCAAGUGAUGAAGGAGCUCUUGACCUCCUUGCCACUUCUGAGUCCAUGCCAAGCUGUUCUGUUGUACCAACAGUUUUACAUCCUCAAGAGCUGCUUGCAGCAUAGUAGCAUCCUGGCUGAAUACAUUAGGAACAACCACAAAGAAGAAUUCAGGUACUUUGUUCACAUGCCAACCCUGGAAAAAAGACUCCCAUUGUGCUACCCAAUUACACAGACCACUACUCAGCUCAUUCAUGAAGUUCUGGACCUGGUUGAACAGGAGCAGUGUGUGAAAUGUUCGUAG